AUGCCCUUCAAACCAAAUAUAGAGUUUCCUCCUGCUGCAGCGGAUGUCCUUAUGCCCAAAUAUGGAGCUUCCUACUUGGCAGACGUUGAGACACACACCCACUGUGGUUCCUGCUACAGCACGCUCUGCCGAGCACAAGUGGAGGCGGGCGUAUGUUGCGCCGUCGUGGCAUGCCGCCUGCGUUGUGGAGCGCUCUUCCACUCGUGCAAAGAGGAGGGGCACCUGCUGCUUUGCCCCUGCGUCCGCGUGCCCUGCCUCAAUUUCAACUACGGCUGCCCAGCCCAACUGCCGCGAGCCCAACUAGCUGCCCACUUGCGGGCGUGCCCGGCAAGUGCCGUGGUCUGCUGCGUGGAGUGGAACCGUUGGCCGGCUAAUGAUGCCCACUCGUACCCGAGCCCUGAAUUGUACAGCAAUUUAAUGAGGGAAUGCAAGGAGGGUCUGUGCAAGGACCUGGACCUGGCCAUGGCCCUGAAGGACCAGAUGCACUUGUUUCGCUCGUUGAAGAUGAAGGAGCUUUUCCCGGAGCUGACACAGUUUGCUGGAGAAGAGGAGAACAAGAGGAGGGAAGAGGAGAAGAAGAAGCAGGAGGAGAAGAAGAAAGCCGCCUUGGAGAAGGAGUCCACUCCAAAGACCUGGGAGUCUUUUAGCCCUUUUCAUUUCAAUAUUACUACUGAGAAGGAUGAUGAGGAAGAGGAAGAGGAGGAACUAACUCAGCAGGAGCGUGAGGCACUGGCCAGGAAGCCUUUAGAGGAGAGUCAAGGUCAGCUAGAUCACUUCAGCGCCUGGGAGAGCAUGUUCAGCAUGGCCAUGGGAGGAUGCAGAGAAGCAGGGAAAGGAAAUCAGCAGGACGCAGGCGAGGCCGGGAGGCCGGGUGGAGUCACGGAGGCGGCAGUCACCCACGAGGUUUCACCCUUGUCGCCCUCCAACGUCGAGAAGGAUACCUUCAGGUACGACCACGUGGAACCUAUGAAAAUUGUGGCUGUGAGGACCUUCAAGGUUCCGAGCAGCUUCUCGGCCAAACAAGGUCGCAUCCGUAACCCAGGUUUCUACAAGAGGGACAACAAGGCCGUGGACACAGCAGAUCUGCCACGGCAAGACAUGCCCGUCUGGGAGGAGGUUCAGGCGUCACUGCUGUGCUCUCUGGAGAAGGAGCAACGAGGUCACCUGAUCGCCGAGAAGAUCUGCACCGAUGGCCUCCUACAGGAUGAGGGCACGCAGACUUUCCAAUUCCUCUCUGCGCCCUUUGCCAGCGCCGCAUCCUUGGCGGACCUGACGGCCGGCAGGGAGGAGGAACUCCACCUUCAGCUGCAGCUGGAGAGCGUCAGCAACCGUCAUCACAAGGCCAGCUCUGCCUUCACCGCUGUGUGUGGACACACCGUCCACAGGCGGGAAUACGCCUCGCAUUACAAGAACGUGCACAGUGACAUCCAGACAAACGUCAACGGAUGGUUCCAGCAACGAUGUCCGCUAGCAUACUUGGGCUGCACAUUCAGCCAGACCAGGUUCACACCGUCCACCCAUCAGGCUGCUGUGGUUUUCACCGAGGAUCUGGGCUGCUUCCAGCUGCGUCCUGUCAUCCCGGCCAGUGGAAGUCAUGCUCCUUCCUGUGAUGCUCUGAGCUCGCUUCCCUUCGAGCUCCUCUGUCACGUGGCGACGUUCCUGGACAGUUUAUCGCUGUCCCAGCUGGCUCUGGUGUCUCACCUCAUGAGGCAAGUUUGCUCCACGCUUCUGCCAACACAUGGGAUAGUCUCCCUGCGCUGGGAAAAGGUGGUCCGGCCUGGAGGCAGGAUCCAAUGGAGUGCACAGAACAAGGUGUGGCACUUUAGCAGUAGUUUCUCAGAAGUGGACAGGUGGAAAUUCCGGGACAUUCCAUCCAUGUCGGAGCACCUGCGGUUGUGUCCCUUCUACCAGCGAGAGAGCAGAAACGAUCGUGUUUUGCUGCCGGACAUCGAGUGCAAACGCCAAUGUGAAAUGCACUCAAACAAUCCUCACUAA